AUGAAGGUAAUAACAGUAAUUAAAAUUUUUCAAUAGGAAACUUGUGAAGUUACAGUGUAAUAUAAUGCAAGGCUGGUACGGAGAGCAUAAUUUUAUCACAGAGAGCCAAAUUGAAAUUAAAGUAGAUACGGUGAGUCUUAUGAACCCCAUUCAUGCAUAAAUUCAAGCAGGCCGGAUCGAUGACCGUCCCCAUUGUUAAAUUUGAUAUACGAGAAGUUGAUGGAACAACCGUGACAAUGAUCAUGCCUAUGCAGCACUUCACCCAGCUCUUGGUUAGUGUCCAUAACUUUUAAAGUGUAGUAGAAGACGAGUCUACUAUUUUUUUAUUUGCUGUUUUCAGUACUUCGACGCAAAAACCGACAACAGUCAUCCAACCGCUUUGAUUUUCCGCCUGAACACCCUCGGAUUUUCACAGCUGAGGAAAUCUGUGCCUGGACUGUUCAAAAAAUGGAAGAAGGUCAAUGCGAAGGAGAGAAAAGCGUUUGCGGAGUGAGAGACUAAUGUUUGAUACAAGAAACUCAGAAACCGGAUAUUUUCAGUACGGUGAUGUUUGUAAUUGACUCGGCAGGAACAAGCAACCUUCCCUAUUCCAUGAAAACGGCAGGCUCGAAUAAUUAAUUGUUAAUACAAGUUCUUAUUUUUUAGUUCGCUGAAUUUUGGCAGUCGCAUUUGAUACGGCAUCGUGGUAGCAAAAAAGAUGACGUUGAAGACUUGAUUGGUAUAGUUUUAUUGUUUUAACUUGAAUAACUCAGUUUAUUUCCAGUAAACAUUUGCGAGGUCCAAUUCUGUAAAAUAUACACGCAGUUUGGUCUGAAGAGUGUCGAUUCGAAAUCAAUGUCGGGUUCUAAUCAGAAUCCAAUAAAGAUUUUCCAAUAUGAUCCUGAAGGUUUAUCAUAUUUUUUUCUAAUAUUCUAGUUUUGAUUGUUUAACAGUUGCUAAAGAUGUCGCGGAACAGAGCAAAAGGGUCAGGACCGUAUCUGGAUCAGAUUCCGAAGAACCUUCAGAAAAGCGAGCAAAGCCGGAUUUUGAUGAAGAAGAAGAAGAAAUGUUGAUGAUUGAAAGAGAGUUCAGGCGUCAAAACGGACAAGAGUCUGAUUCCGAAAAUGAAUAUGAUGGUACGCUCUAUUAAACGCUUAUAUUUGCAUCAAUCUCUCAUUCAAACCCGCUCACGCAGACAAAUGUUUCUUAAUUGUUUAAAUUUGACUUUCAGAGACGUCAUGCGAUAAAAAGGUCACUGAAAAGAAACAAUAA